CAACUUUUCAGUGGAGCAACACGGUUUGGCCUGGAAGCCAAGCCUUUGGAGUGGUCCACAGACGUAGGCACCACCGCACGCUCACGAGCCGCGCAGCACUCUUGCAUCCGUCUGCUCGACAUUUUUCUGCAUGACUUUUUUCGUAGCGGUAAAUUAAUGAAAAAGGCGCCAUGAAAAUAACUUGACUCUUUCCAUAGAGCUGGUCGAAGCACUUUCAAAUGCCUUCUAGUCUGUGACGCACGGGGGCGUGUUAGGCAUGGUGACAUGAUGUCGGCGCACCCGCGGCAGCAAGCAGCGCAGGGACAUUGCGAACAAGCGGGGAAACGCGGAAGUACAACUACUAUCUCUGUAGGAAGCAGGUCGAGCAGCAGGCGACGAACGACGUUUAAGUCUGCCGCCCGUGGUUUGUUCUGCUCGAGGUGCCAAUAUGGAGUGGUGCCUUUUUCUGCCCCGUUAGUUUUCCACCAUGCUGUAGCAACAAGCACAUCGACGACGCAUCUUCAGGCACCUGCGUCAGAGCAGGUGCAAUGCAGUGCGGCUCCCCGCAUCUCCUCGCAGGUAGACGAGGCGCUGCGCCGCUACAAUUUCGCUUUCUUUGAUGAGCUCGAGGGGGAACAAGAGCAGAAUGGCAGCAGGGGUGCAAGAGCCACGAGUGUGGCGCCGCAGGUGUUCGUCGCGUCUGCGGACCAGAACGCCUUUGUUCCAGACCCAGUUCUGGUCAACAAGUUUACGACACGCCUGUCGCCACUGUUCCAGAAGAGCCUGCUGUGUGUGGCUGGCGAGCACUUUGACGGGGAAGCGGUUUCGCACCUAAUUCAAGACGGCACCGAAGUGAUUCCGCACCAGCUGCUUUGUGGGCUUUGCCGACCUGGGACCUACAGUGCCGAAUUGCCUGUGCGGCGACUCGUGUUUCGCUCCGUGGAGCAUCUCCGCGCGAUCACACGCGAGGGACUGCAGAGUCUGCGUGCCCGCGAGGCACAGCGCCUUCGCGGUGGCCACGCAAGGAGCACCAGCACCAGUUUUCCAACGACUGGGAUAAUUGACGCACAGAGUGGGGCGGGUGUUCAAACUGCAGGCACAUCAGAGGCAGAUGAGGCAUUCUUAACCGGUGCCACCGUGGCAGAAUUGCAAUCCAGGCUCACCGAGCUCCUGACCUACCACGGGGUCAGUGUACCGUUUGCACAACAGUUUUGGUCCGUGUAUGAUGCAGGGGCGCUUCGGAACGCAGGGGUUGCGAUCAGUAAGAAUAGCACAACGUUGGCGGGAACAGAUAUUUCCGCAGUGUGGAACUUUCCUGAAGGGCUGCAUGUCAACAUCAGCUGGUCCACGUUUGACACGGCAACGAUUAACAGCAGCGACGUUGCGGAGGGAGCGGUGCCCGGUCGUGCACGUGCCCUCCUCGGAUCUUUCGCGCAAGAGAGCAACGCACCCACCGCCACCGCUCCUGAUGACGGGCGCAAUAAUGAUAAGGCCGCGAGGCGCACUAGUACUAGUACUACGGAAGAUUCGACGUCUGCAGCUACGCGUAGCGAAACAUCAGCAACUACGAGCAGCAUACGGUAUGCCCUAGAUUUCUUCCCGGCUUGCACGAACUGCGGCCCGGAUCAAGUUACCGCCUUCGGGCAAGGCAGUACCACGGCAACUGCGUGCAUCUGUAAAAACGAGUACUUUUGGGAUCGGAGACUGGCCACGUGCCGCCGAUGCGUCGUUGGCAUGCGAUGCGACUGGGGCGCUGCAGUUUCACGGACCGACCAGGAAACCAUCAUCGCGAAGCCGGGCUACAAGGUCAGCCCCUGGCCCGGGCGGUUCAGUAGUCACAACCGGGAGGUCGCGCAGGCAAUGCAGCUCAAAAAUCUGGCCGAGCACGUGGAAUACUUUCCCGAAGACGCGAUCGACCUGAACGGGGUCACACUAUUCAAGUGCGGCGCCACAAUCGAGCUGCCGGUAACCGAGAAGGGCACUCACGAGGUUCGCAUGCAGGAAAUCAUGACCGACGCGCUGCGCACUCGUUGCCCGGGUGGAGUACAGGUCUGCGGAGACCAUCACCAGGGGUUGACGUGUCGAAAAUGUGCCUCCUACGCAGGCUACAAUGGAAAAGUGUGCUCGCCGUGCAACGAAAGCGCGUGGAAGAGGUUCGUCCUCGACCACUUCGUGCUCAGUGUGGUAUCAAAGCUACUGUUUGCUUUUGCUUCGUGUCUUGACCUUGAGCAGUUUUUCGAAAAAACGUUUUUCAACAACUGCGGUUGUGCGGACUAAAUUACUUCUUUCAGACAUACGGACGAUGAACUAAGUUACUUCUUUCAGACAUACGGAUACGGUUCUGCUUUUCCUUUUUAUCAACUGCCACUCAACUACAAGGUAAUUAUGUUUUUUUUGACUUGCUUCAUGCUGGUGCUGACCUACAUCCUCACUGUGGGCAACGACGUUACAAGCAAAGCAAGUCCUGCCGUCUUCACCGGGGCCUUUGUGGGCAUGACGGUGCAGACCUUUCAAACAUUGGCAGUCUUUUCUUCGAUGAAGGUGUCGUGGCCAUUAGGAAACUACAAGAUUCUGUCAAUGUCAAUCGAAAUCACCUCCAUUUAUUUGCACUGCAUCACUUUGACUGCCUCUGACCGCAAGCAGAUAUGCAGUCCAUCACGUUGGUAUACAAUUGGUGCGAGGGGGUCUCGUGGUCUAGAACAACGUCCCUGAAGAUUUCGUAAAAUUCUUGUGUGCCUGUCUGUAGGCGUAGACUGAGGGGGUCAUCGUGGCAAACGCGUGCAGUGUCAGUAGAUGUCGGCCUGUCAGCGACAGUACUAAAUUUUCCUUUCGACACCCAGAUGCCGUACAGGGGCUCUUUGCUGGAAUGCGAACGGUCUUUCUCCUCGAGUUGCACGAAAUCGGCCUUGGCUUUGAAUGUUUUGCCUCGGGAGACUCGUUCCGACACUACCUGGCCCGGAUCAUGAUGCCCUUCACUGUGUUUGCACUCUACUUCGGAGCCUACUGGAUCACCCGCCGAAGACAGCUCGCGUACAUCUGUCUACCCACUUGCUUUUUUGUAGAUUCAAGUAAGAUUGAUACUUGUAGACCCGGAACAAGUUGUUCUUUCAUGCAGUUUUUGUUGCCGGUACAUUUACAUACUUUUGUGCUAAUUUGCAAUACUUUUUCUUCUGUCUUGGAAAUCGGGCAGGAUACAGAAUCAACAAAUAAAGCAAUACUUAACAGCAUUCCGAAGUCGUUCUCAAUUCCAGAGCUAGGUGGAAUGGCAUCAGUAUCGCGGAACUCAUUCACGAAGCUCAUUCCGAGCGCUGUUUCGACGCGGCAAAGCGCUGUAAUGGAUGGGGGGUCGGGAGCACGCAGAAGUUCUUGGAUGUCCACCGCCGGCGCCAGUCGCGGAUCCUUAUGGACCGAAUCAUUGUUCGAUAAUUUUCAAGCGGUCAACAAAGAGAAGGAAGCCAAAGCCUCUCGUGCUCGGGCAUCUCAGCGCACGAGCGUACUCUCCAUGUUAAGUGAGUUUGUCACUUCCACUGCGAACGACCUCCGGAAUAGUGCAAUGGCACGCUUUGGUGGUGGCCGAAGUGGUGCGCGGGCUACUGAAACGAAUCGAAUCAAAAGUCUGAUUUCGAUGGAAAGCCUGGAGCUUCAUCGUUUUGAAGAAUCAGCAUCUUGUAGUUCUGACGCGGUUCCUGCAGCUGGAACUCUGCCUGGAUUUCCAGGCGCCGUUGUUGACGUCGGCGUCGCACCGCCAACACUCCUUGAACAAGAGGAGCCAACAGAGAACGACCUGCGCAGCGUACCGGUACCACGAGGUGGAAUCGUCGAGCAUAAUGUCAGGAAGGUUGUACGAGAGCGAGACCCGAAAGAAACGUGGAACGAGCCCGCAACGACCAGCGCCAGCCGUCAGAUCGAUAUGAGGAGAAGUACCAGCGGGGACGACGACUUGCCGAACGGUAUCCGGGAGCAGUUGGCUACUGCGAAAUCUCCAGGAGCAGGUGAGCAAGAAGAAAAGAAUGAUCAACAAGAAAAGCACGGAGGGAUGACAGCAAGAACCCUCCAUGUCAAGGACAAAGGCAACAAAGUAAAUUGUAGCUUUUCCUUCGGGCCAAUUUUGCAAGACAUGGAAUCCAGAAAAGUAGACAAAGACGAGGACUCGAUGAAACCAGAUAAGAACAACGGCAGCGAGGCAGCUCCGCGUAUUGGGGCGCUGCGCACGACGAGGACUAACCAACUUCAGAGCCUACCAGGAGACCACGCGGACCCCGAUAUGGCACUUCAUCUACAGUGGGAAGGGGAACACAUGCUCGCUCUCGCAGACCGAGACGUCCUCACCGAGGCACCUGCACCAGUUCCGCAACCACCGACAACUCGAAGAAAUGCUCUGAAUCCCGCUGGGGUGUUUUUCAGUGGUCAGUUUUUGGACCGCCUCCGGGCCAUGCAACUCGGAAUGUCGGAAAUGCCGGAAAGCGACAGCUCAGAUGACGACUCUUCCUCUGGAGCGACGAACUCGCUCGUUGACGAACUUGAGAAGAACCAGAAAACAGGUCCGGAGAACUCUUGGUCUGCACCAAACCCUACCGCUAUAACGGUACCUGCGCACGACCACAGAGGCCCCGGUCACCGGAUGCUGGCCCGUUUUUCGGACAGCAUGGAGGCCCUGUGGCAGCGGGUGCGGAAAGAGUUGGUGUACGAGAAGGUUUUCUGCUGCUGCGGGUUCUUCGCGCAGGCGUUCUACAUAAGCUUCGCGGCGUUAGGCUUCGUGCCCUUCGUUUGCUUCUACCAUCCUGGCUCCGACCUUUCCUCCAUGGACCAGUAUGAGGACGUUCUGUGCUCCUGGGACGAUCCCCAGUUUCCCAAGUUUGUGAUCGCGGCGGUGUUCGCCAUCCUUCUUUGGCCGGUGGGUCUGAUGGCGGCGGCGGUGCAUUUGAUCAGGGUCGCGCCCGAGCGAAGCAUGACGGAUCCCAAAUUUUUGAUGAAGACCAAAUUCCUGUUUUUCCGCUUCCGCCCGGAGCGGUACUACUGGAGCCUGGUGCUCAGCACACGGAGCUUGCUCACCGUAUUGUCCAUUGUGGUGGGGCCAGACCUUCCGUCGGCCCAGAUCACGUGGAUGUUCCUGCUUCUUCUCACUGCACUGGUUCUGCAGAUGCGCUGCUGGCCCUGGAAGGACGAUACGCUGAAUAUGGUGGACACCACCCUCCUGAUCGUCCUGCUCUUGCUCCUCGUCGUGUCUUUCCCCUUGAUACCCGUCACAGAACAGGAGCGGGAAACUUUCCGGGAGGUUCUUAGUCAGUUGUGUUUCUGCUUCCUGAUCCUGCUUGGAAUCCUGUUCCUGUACGGCUGCCAGCUGCUUUUUGAGGCGUGGCAACGGAAAUACAACAUGCGCACACCUUGGGCCAUCAAACGAUUCCACAAGCUCUCCAGAAGCAUUCUGCGCCGCGACGAAGCAUUGUUCACGGACACCGAGGAUUCCUCCUCGGCCUCGAGCGACGAGGAAAGAACCAAAGGCUGGCGCGGAACAAGCGCUAUCGGCGACAAAGCCGGCGCAGAAGGUAACAAGCGAGAGUCGGACCACCGAAGGUCCAGACGGAAAAGCAGCAAAAAAGUGGCAAGCAAGCCGCGACUGACGUACACCGAGCGACGCGAAAGGCAAAAGGCUGACCACCUUGCGAAAAACUGGAUAGAGACGAACAGCGCGAUUCUGGGGACGCUGUCGAAGGACAAGUUCCAGACGUUCGUCCACCGCCUGAACUACUACGAUCUGCGUGCAUUUGAGUCCGUGUUGCGAAUCAUUCAAAGGCACAUUAGUUUUGGAAACGGAUUCAAAACAGCAGCGAGCCAAAACGCACUUGGCACAGGCAGUGUCAUCGUGUUGCGCGACUCGGUAAAAACUGAAGCAGGCGAAAUAGAGCCUGACGCCGCGGAGAACGAAGGAGAAAAAAGGGAAGAGACUGCUGCACGUCGUCCUGCAGACGUUGCAACUCCUGUCGAUUCGACGAGACAUGGAAGCUCGAGGAACCACCAGCUCCAACACAUCGGCCCACGGGAUGAAGCUGCUCGUCAGCACCUACCAGCGCCGCGGGAGCAAGUCGGUAGUAUCGAAGAGCACGAAGAGGGUCGAAAAAUGGAACCCCAGGAAGAUCGUCGCCAACCCGAUUCUUGCUCAGUCACAGGGAAGAUUUUAACGCAGAAGAACUCUACUUCAGGUGCGUCGAUUGCUUUUUCUUCUACGACCGAGAAAAGCGCUGACGGGCAGCUUCACCGAGAUUUUGGUCUGGAGCGCCAUCAGCAGGUAACUGAAACGGGGGUGGAUCAUGGGGAACGCGCGCUGCCCGUGCCGAUCAUGGAGUCUCCUCCCCGUUUGCUUUCGGGGGAAAUAUCCAGUACCGCCUCGGCAGAAAUGCAGAAACACACUUCAAACAGAUUCUUGUCUAGUCCGUUUCUGCUUCCGGCACCAUCGGAGAGCGGGACCAGUCAGGCCGUUUCAAUUCCCGUGGCAUCCUGUCUUGCGAGCGAGGAUGAGGACCAGAAUCAUGUUUCAAUUGCCGCUCAGACCACGUCGAUCGCAGCCGAUAAAACCGAUCUUGGAGACGUGAGCAAUGAGAAUGAUAAAGUGCCUGUGCCUCAGCACCGCAUCCUCGAAGUAAAUCUGCCAAAAAAGAUUGACGCGGCAAAGGUGCUUGCGCGCCGCAGUACUGCCCGCGUGGAGGUUCCAGAUCUAGCGCUGCUGCAAGAAUUCGUCGUUGGACGGAGCAACACGACUCCGAGUCGCGGUGAUGCAGCAACCAUGAAGAGCAGUGGUGACCACUUGCUAGCCCCAGGAGCCGCAGACAGCAGCAAAAGCGUGUCGUACACGUACGGUGUGGCUUCUGAAAUCUACCAGUCAAGAACAACCCGGAGCAGCCGACGGGCGGCGCAGGACGAAACUUCGCGAGAGCAGAGCCAACGGACCUCGAGAAAGCCCAGCCAAAGGACCUCACGCCGAAGCUCGCAGGACCUUGCUGCUGCUUUAAGUACCGGUGGGGACGAAAACGAAGAACCGGGGUUGGAGCACCAGCAGGAACAAGGAAAUGAUAACUCCACGACCCGCGUCGACGUUGUCGUGCAGCGAAAUCGAAGGAAAUCCAAAUCGUCGACCUCUUCGAGCCGCUCCGGUUCUCCCGGAAAGCAAGAGGAGCGCGGGACCCAUGCGCAGAACAAAUCUUCUUCCUCCUCCUCGGCGAAUACGUCGCGGCGGCUCUCGGGGGUGGAACAGAAGAAGCUACGCAGAAGUUCCACGGAAUCGGCUGGGGUGCUCGAAGCGCUAGCAGAGCUGAUUUCCUCCUGCAACCCGACACCCACCUCUGCCAACAACGCGGGGUUUAAUUUGCACCAGACCACAGACGCUGUCGGUGGCGACAGCCCUGGCGCCGGCGCGGUGUCUUCGUCCCCGUCUAAUUGCUCACCAAAUCAUCUUCCAUUUCGUAGAUGCUCCACGACAACCGUCUCCAGUCAAAUGUUGGAAGCUAUCAACGAUAUCAUGCAGAGCAAAGCGAAUAACAGCAGGGACGAUCAGGGUUUAAUAUCCCAGCGAUCGUUCAGCAACCGGCAGAAUAAUGUGGUGCUCGCAUCCGAUCAUCUACUGUCGCAGGGCGGCAUAGCACAUCAGGAGCAGCAGCACGGCGCGGUAGACGUGCAGCAGACCUCCAAAAGCACCAGCUCUUCGAAGAGUCGCCGCUUAUCAAAGAAUGACCUGCUCACUCAUCUGGCAACGCGCAUCACGGAGCAGUUGAGCAGCCGCGCGGCCGCUGAGCAGCUAGUUUCGGAGGACAAUACAUUCAAGGCCACAUCACCUUCGUACAGCGAUCACACUGCGGCCACAGCAGGCGCUGCAGCUGCAUUCAAAAGUAGUCGCAAGCGACGCUCUUCCACGAAGGGGGAGAGCACCAGCAGUCAAGCUGCUCCGGGCGACCUCCAACAAGUAGAGCAACGUUCGCGAUUACAGCGACGCGACUCUCUCGAGCCGCAGCAGAUGAUGAGCAAGGCGAUUAGUGGGAGUUCCACUUCAGAAGAAAAGGAUCUCCUGGUGUCGGAACACCAGGACGAUCAGCCACCGCUCUCUGCUAGUCCAAGCGGCCGUCGGGGCAGCAGCUCGAGACUGGAUCUGAAUUCGAUCUCGGAAUUGACCACGGCGACCCAGCAGGCAACGGCUGGACAGCAACGAGAUCAGGAAGCGCAGGUACAGAAGGAUAUUCGUCGAGCGCGGAGUGCAAGUGUUGCCUUCGCUCAGUCGCAGCAGAAAAACGGGAUGAUGAAAAACAGCACCGCAGCCAUGCUUCAGCAAACAGGAAACACGAAUAUUGUGCUUUAGUUUUGAAGACGUGGCUCCUGUAUACCAAUCAUCGCAGCCGUGCAGUCCAGUGCGCAUGAUUUUUUUCAUUAUUGUGUUAAAUACUCGUUAAAUAAUACACGGUCGAUUCGCCUUUGCACACAAAAAAGUUUGACACGCUUGGAAGCACCUCCGGCCAUUUCAGUUUUUAUUCAAAGGGAUUACCAAUCAUGCUAAGCAAUGUACGAACAGAACAUGAACGAAAUAGUAAAGUAGAAUUCGCUAUGCCUUUGUUUGCCUAGAGGCACCUCAGAUGUAUACUUCGACUUCCAAGAACAAAAAUUCGGCAUACGGUCAAAUUGUGUGUUUCAAUAUUUAAAAUUUUGAGAAGCGCACGCGUCAUUCAAUUUUAUAAACCGAGUGCUGCGCAAGCGCAGAUUUGGGGGCAACAUUUAUCAUCGAUUGCUGGCAGUGAAAGUAGAGGGAUAAGGCUCCUGUGUUGGUUGAAGAUCAAUUUUUCUUCAUGGUUUUUUAUUCCAUUGGUUCUUGUAACCUUGGUCUCGCCGGCCGGGAAGCUUCGUUUACUAAGUUUUUUUGAAGUGUGCAGCAACCAAUAUCAAUCAAUCCGCGGGCUUCAUGUGCUGUUCCAACACAGGCGCAUGAUAGCUGUAAGCUACCAGGGUGCUUAGUUUUUUCCGACAAUAUGCAUAGACUCACCCUCAAAACUCGAAAGACUAGCAACAAGAAUAGUUUUGAAUUUUGCAACAUAAAUGCGCGAAGCCGAGGCACCUACUUCAUCUCUCAGCCAUCAUUUCUCUAGCUUGCUGACGAUAUGGGUCGCGAUCUAUUUUCCUGGGUGUAGAAUAUUCAUGUGAUAAUUCUAAUUCAAGGUGACCAGCAUAUAUUUAUUUUUAUACCAACAUGCAAUGAAGAUAGCGCUCCGCACUAGUAUCAGUUUUUCAAAAAUGUAUGACAUUUGUCACAUUCUUGCAAAGCCGGUCUCGUUCCCGUUGAGUUGAAGUUGUCGCUCAAAAGAGCUGGCUCCGGGAGAUGUUAUCAUCUGUGUGGAAGCGAAAAUGAAAAUUGGAAGGGCGAAUCCAUUCGUCAUAUUUCGUGUCCUCUUGCCCCUGAAAGAGAGAUGGGACAUGUUAGUUAUCGUCGUAUGAAAACAAAAUUGCAAUGAAUAUCUUCUUCAUCACGUCAUUCAAGAUGAGGACGAUAUUGUUCCGCAUUGUGUCCG